CGAGCGGCGGAGGCCGGCCUGGCGGCGGCCAUGGACCGAUUCGUGUGGACCAGCGGCCUCCUGGAGAUCAACGAGACCCUGGUGAUCCAGCAGCGCGGGGUGCGCAUCUACGACGGCGAGGAGAAGAUAAAAUUUGAUGCUGGGACCCUCCUUCUUAGUACACACCGGCUAAUUUGGAGAGAUCAAAAAAAUCAUGAAUGCUGCAUGGCCAUUCCUCUUUCCCAAAUUGUAUUUAUUGAAGAACAGGCAGCUGGAAUUGGGAAAAGUGCCAAAAUAGUGGUUCAUCUUCAUCCAGCUCCUCUGAACAAAGAACCUGGUCCAUUCCAGAGUAGUAAGAACUCCUACAUCAAACUCUCCUUCAAAGAACAUGGCCAGAUUGAGUUUUACAGGCGUUUGUCAGAGGAAAUGACACAGAGAAGAUGGGAGAAUAUGCCAGUUUCCCAGUCAUUACAAACAAAUAGAGGACCCCAGCCAGGAAGAAUAAGAGCUGUAGGAAUUGUAGGUAUUGAAAGGAAACUGGAAGAAAAAAGAAAAGAAACCGACAAAAACAUUUCUGAGGCCUUUGAAGACCUCAGCAAGCUAAUGGUCAAGGCUAAGGAAAUGGUGGAGUUAUCAAAAUCAAUUGCUAAUAAGAUAAAAGACAAGCAAGGUGACAUCACAGAAGAUGAGACCAUCAGGUUUAAAUCCUAUUUGCUGAGCAUGGGAAUAGCUAACCCAGUUACCAGGGAAACCUACGGCUCAGGCACACAGUACCACAUGCAGCUGGCCAAACAGCUGGCUGGAAUAUUGCAGGCGCCUUUAGAGGAACGAGGGGGAAUAAUGUCACUCACAGAGGUGUACUGCUUAGUAAACCGAGCUCGAGGAAUGGAAUUGCUCUCACCAGAAGAUUUAGUGAAUGCAUGCAAGAUGCUGGAAGCGCUGAAAUUACCCCUCAGGCUCCGAGUUUUUGACAGUGGCGUCAUGGUAAUCGAGCUUCAGUCCCACAAGGAAGAGGAAAUGGUGGCCUCAGCCUUGGAGACAGUUUCAGAAAAGGGAUCCCUAACGUCAGAAGAGUUUGCCAAGCUUGUAGGAAUGUCCGUCCUCCUGGCCAAGGAAAGGUUGCUUCUUGCAGAGAAGAUGGGCCAUCUUUGCCGAGAUGAUUCGGUGGAAGGCUUGCGAUUUUACCCGAAUUUAUUUAUGACACAGAGCUAAAGGUUUUGUAUUUGAAAUACUUCUUGUCCAUACACUUGCAUCAUGUGGAGGUUGUCUGACAUUGAGCUAAGGGUAAACCCUGAUAAACUGAGCAUUUACUGGAACUUUGCAGUAUAAUAUAAAACCCUUUUAAUUUCUCCAUAAAUAUAAUGGUUCAGGAAGUUUAUUUAGGAUAAAUAUAGGAAAAUACAGAAAAAUGAAUGCCAAUGUGAAUUUGAAAUCAUGCUACAGUUGUAAAGAAUCCUCAGAGUUUAACUUGAAAUAUGAUGGAUUUUAACUUGAUCCUCAAAUCUGACCAUUUUUUAAAGAAGGGAAUUUAGUUCACGGGGGGAAUAAAGGAGAAGUUGCAUGUUUGGACAGGUUAGGUCAUUAUUUUGGUGUGACUAAAAUUCACUGAAUUAUAAAUGAGGUUUUUUUCUGUAUCUAAUGUGCCCAUUUUGGGGGGUUUUCAUAAGCAGGUCAUACCUAUGGUGUAGCUGAAGAACCUGCCAACAUUGGAACAAAAUAUCAAACUGCAGAGUGCCAAAUGAGGCUCCUCCUAAGGGCUUUUCUUUAGAAGCAGUCACAAGCAUGUCUUCAACAGACCAAAUAAAGCACUUAAAAAAGGAGAGAAUUUUAUUUGACUUACGUAUAUAUAAUCUGAGUAGUUUCUUUCUUUCUUUUUUUUUUAAGUGAUGAUUUCAUAGCUGGCAUUUAAAGAAUGCAACUAUGUCAUUUUGUUUAAAAAAUGCGGUGGAUUUUGAAACUGCAUUAAAGAGCUGUGUAGACAUGCCCAGAGAUAUGAUUACAGAUUUGGGGAGUAGACGGCUCAGGAGUUCCCUAGGAUUGUUGUGUAGGCCGAGGGGCCGGGAGGACCUUUAACUAGCUUACCAGGGACCCUGGUGCUCUUUGACCUCGAAGUCAAGGACAGGAACAUAGAGAGUGGAAAAGUAACAUCUUCUUUUCCUUCCCUUAGGGAGUUUCAACACUGAACUUUUAAAAAUCUUUCUAUCAUAUUCUAGCAAUAUUUUUUUUUCUUUACCCCACACAUCAUAAGUUGUGUGGAGAAACUAUCUCGCUAAAAACUAUUACUGAGGUAAUAAAAACCAGCUAAUAUUGAAUUUAUAUUGAGUUUUUAAGCAGACUUGUCUGCCUUCAUAUGAUACCGCUAUACAGCAUACAGUGUGAUGGCAUUACCUCAAACUCAGGGACCCCACAGGGACAGAGGAGACCCUCUUUCUCAGACUGAGUUGGUAGUGGAAGGUAGGGAUGGUUUUUGGCCACACCUCUGAAAGGGAUAGUAUCUAUAUUGAGAGAACUGCUGAGACCGGGAGGAGGGGAUACCCAGGUCCACAGUCUGGGAUCCCUAAGACGUUCUCACUGAGUGAGGUGGAGGGCCACUGCCAGAGGCUACUGCAGAUGCCCUUUGGGGAUGUUGCAGGACCCUGAGCUGCAGACCCAGGGAAUCCCUCCAAGUGCAGCCAGAGUCAGUCCCUGAUCCCUGCCAGAAAAGUGGCUGUCGCUGCUUCGCAUCUGCCAGUGUCAUGGGAAUGUUGUGGCCGAGGCAUCCUGCCUUAGUCUUUGUUCUCCAAAUCUGUCACUGAUUCUCCGUUGUGAUGAUAGAUCCCCUAAUUCUCCCACUGCUCAGCCUCAGGUUUGUUUUGGGGACAUUUCGGUGUCUGGCUGCCCAAGUCUUUUGGGCCAUUGUGUAAGCUUGUUUGUAUGUCACUCCUCUCUCUGGGUUGCACUCUUUCUCUCACACUGCUCUGGCAUACUUGCACGUGCACAUACACGCAUGUGUGCACACACACACACACACAGACUUACAUGAUAUCUUAUCUGGCUAAGGUUUUUAAAAAUUACAAAGAUAAGUAUGUGUUUCAGCAGUUGGAAUGAGUUGCCACUGAGGUUGUUUGAGCUACGGGAUCUAGCUCUAAUGGUUUGGAUUCAUUAUAGAAAACUCCCAUAAUUCAACGUAUUGAUUUACAUUAGUGUCACAACGCAUUAACAAAAAUGGAACAAUCUGAAUAGUAUAAAGUGAACUAAAGAGGAAAAAAAGUAACAUGAAUAUAUUUUGCAAAUGUCACAUUAACUAAAAAACAAAUAUGAUUGAUUUUACUGUUUUAUUUUUAAAGUGGGCAUUCUUCACUGUUUCCAGACCUCUGUAUGUAUAUUUUUAUCUCUUUUCUUUUUUUGCCAAAUAAGAUGUUAUUUUGGUCCUCUGUUGGUAGAGGUUAUGUUUAAAUACAGCCAAUCAGGCCCUAAGUGUAAAAAAGUUCUUUCUGUAUUGGUGCUUACCACUGGUAUGGUUAUUAUUUUUGCUUUCCUAACUUUGCUCUUAGGAGCAUAAAUCUGUUUGUAGCUUUCAAUGGUAAUGGAAUAUUUCUAGUCAGAUACUGUCAAAAGUUUUUUUUACAUUGUACGAGUGAAGAUUGCUUUCAGGGUUAAAUGAUUGGUAUUAAUGUAUAUAGAGUAAAAUUAUUGCAAAAUUUAAAAAUGAUUUUUCUUGGUGUUCUUUUUAAAUACUCUGAAAAAUAUAUGAAAAUGAUAAACCUUUAGUCAGAAUAAGCGAAUAUGUUACAAUUUUUUCGUUUAGAUUUUAUAAUCAAGAGUUGAUUAUAAAUAUUUUUGAUCUCAAGCUCUUACUAUUUUAGUUGUUUUAAAAGAAUGGGAAAUGGCUCAUGAACUGUUUUUUCUAAUUCUUGCUGUGAAUUCCAGUGUUGAUUGACCAUGUGUGUUCAUGUGAAUGUACUGUCUCUUAUUCCCUGUUACCUGACGAAUCUGACCAGACGUGGAUUCAUCGUCAUCAUUCUCAUGCUCAGAUACUUAAAAUGGUUCUCCUUUGCCCAGCAAUCUCAGAGUUUUCAUUUUGGUACAGUAGAGACACAACUUAUAAGGUGGUCAGGUUUUAAAGACUGUGCUGAAGACUGCCUAGGGAUGAAAUCAUGCAUGCUCAAAAUGAUCCUUGAAAAUCGCUUAACUUGCCAAUAAAGUUCUCUGUAUAGUCUUAUAAUUAGAAUCCCUGUGGUGUGAUACAUGAGUAUAUUUUAUGAAUUUAGUAGGUACAGUAUGUAAUAGAAACUAUGUAUGAACAAUAGACUUUAUAGCACCAAUAAACUAUUUAAAUGCA